CGCGCCGCUGCCUGCGGCGGGGGGCGGAGGCGGGAGCACCGGCCCGGCCCGGCCCGGCGAGACACGUUCUCCGAGUGCUGCUGCCUGAGUUUGCUUCCCUUAAGGCGGGGCGGGCGCAGCCGGCGCGGCUGAGGAGGAGAGCGCUGCGCGGAGCCGGCGCGAAAAUGACUGAAGAGCAUAUAUAAAUCAUCCUGGAAGAAGUAGCUUCGCUGCUAGAAGGAUCCAUCAGCCUUUUUACCUUUAAAAUGGGGACUGCAGGUGACGACAUGGCUGCAGUGGAGCAGAAUGCCUCUUUGAACCCUCUGUGCUUUGAGUGUGGCCAGCAGCACUGGACAAGGGAGAACCAUCUCUACAACUACCAGAACGAAGUGGAUGAUGACUUGGUCUGCCACAUUUGCCUUCAGCCCUUGUUGCAGCCAUUGGACACUCCCUGUGGACACACUUUCUGCUACAAGUGCCUAAGGAACUUUCUGCAGGAGAAGGAUUUCUGCCCACUGGAUCGAAAAAGACUCCAUUUUAAACUCUGCAAAAAAUCCAGCAUCCUUGUUCAUAAACUGUUAGACAAGCUUUCUGUUUUGUGCCCCUUCUCUUCUGUGUGUCAGGAAGUGAUGCAGCGAUGUGACCUGGCGGCACAUCUUAAAAACAGGUGUCCUGGGGCUUCUCAUCGGAGACUUGCUCUGGAGAGAAGGAAAACGAGCAAGGUGCAGGCAGAAGCAGAGGGUGAGAGUGUUCUGGGUGGGCCCGAGCAGCCCAGCAGUUUGUCUCCGGACACUGAUCAGGGAAUAGUGCCAGCUGAGCCAAGCUUUACCUCGCCCACCCUGCCCGCCUGGACAGACGAGCCCGGCAUCGACAAUCCGCCUUUUGAGGAGAACCCAGCAGCAGACACAAAUCAACAGCCACCUACUUUGCCUGAAGGAGAGAUCACUACUAUCGAAAUUCAUCGAUCCAAUCCUUAUAUUGAAUUGGGAAUUAGCAUAGUGGGUGGCAAUGAAACACCUUUGAUCAACAUUGUCAUUCAAGAGGUUUAUCGAGAUGGGAUCAUUGCCAGAGAUGGAAGACUUCUUGCUGGAGACCAAAUACUUCAAGUGAACAGCUUUGACAUAAGCAACGUGUCCCACAACCACGCGCGGGCCGUGCUGUCGCAGCCGUGCUCAGUGCUGCAGCUGACGGUGCUGCGGGAGCGGCGGUUCGGCAGCCGCGCACACGGCCACGCCGACGCGCCGGGCUCCGCGCGCGAGGACAGCUUCCAGGUGACCCUGCACAAGCGCGACUCCAGCGAGCAGCUCGGCAUCAAGCUGGUGCGCAGAACGGACGAGCCGGGGGUGUUCAUCCUCGACCUCCUGGAAGGGGGCUUGGCUGCUCAGGACGGCAGGCUCUGCAGCAAUGACCGCGUGCUGGCCAUUAACGGACACGACCUGAAGCACGGCACGCCAGAGCUCGCUGCUCAGGUCAUACAGGCGAGCGGGGAAAGAGUGAACUUGAUCAUCUCUAGACCCCUGAAGUCGCAGACAGUCAGCAUUAUCCGAGACACCGGGACUCACAACAGCAGCUCACACCAACACCAGUCCCAGCAGCUGUUUCACAGCAGACCUAACUCACAUAAGGAUCUCUCCCAGUGUGUUACAUGCCAAGAAAAGCACAUUACUGUGAAAAAAGAGCCACAUGAAUCUCUGGGAAUGACAGUGGCAGGAGGUAGAGGCAGCAAAAGUGGCGAACUGCCCAUCUUUGUGACAAGUGUGCAGCCUCACGGGUGCUUGGCGAGAGACGGCAGGAUUAAACGAGGUGAUGUGCUGCUGAACAUCAACGGGAUUGAUCUCACCAACCUGAGUCACAGCGAGGCCGUGGCCAUGCUGAAGGCUAGUGCUGCCUCUUCAGUAGUUGCCCUGAAAGCCCUGGAAGUCCAGAUUGUAGAGGAACAGCCCCAGGCUGAUGAAGAACAAUUGAGUACCAUCAGUGAAAAUGAAUACGAUGCCAGCUGGUCACCAUCUUGGGUCAUGUGGCUGGGACUUCCAAGCUGCCUGCACAGCUGCCAUGACGUGGUGCUGCGGAGGAGCAAUCUGGGGAGCUGGGGCUUCAGCAUCGUCGGGGGCUACGAGGAGAACCACACUAACCAGCCCUUCUUCAUUAAAACCAUUGUUCUGGGAACUCCUGCCUACUUCGAUGGGAGAUUAAAGUGUGGUGAUAUGAUUGUUGCUGUAAACGGACUAUCCACAGUUGGAAUGAGUCAUUCUGCACUCGUUCCCAUGCUGAAGGAGCAGAGGAACAAAGUGACUCUAACCGUGAUUUGCUGGCCUGGAAGCCUCAUAUAGAGUUGUGGAUCACUUGGUUCAAGCAGCAUCUUUUUCUAGAUAGCUGGCACAAAAAUCUCCUCUAUCUUUUUUUCCCUAUUGAUACAGCUGGUUAAAAGCAGGGCCAAAACUGCUGUAUUGCUUUUUUACAGGCCUCUCAGACUUAUUCUACCUGUUCUGCCAUCCUGAAAUAGCUAUUCCUGUUUGCUAUGUCUGUUGCUGACACAAAUGCAGAUAUAUUCGAGCUCACAGAGAAACCCCCACUCCACUCUGGCUGUCAUUGAGCUUUUCCCAUCAGGCUUGUAGGGUCUGCAGAAGAACUUAGCUGUUCUUUGGGUUUCUCUGCAAAGUCCUCAAGUUGUGUUGUGAUAUAUAAAUGUAACAUUCAUGUGCCCUCUCUUCCUGGCAAAGAGAACAUGUGUCAGUACCAGAAUGACACACCUGUCUGCUGCUGUGAAGCAAAACCUGUUUCCAAAGGUUACAUCUCUUCAUUUCGUAAACCUUUCCGGUUUGAUCCCAUAUUUCGGACCGAUUCAAGUAUUCCAUCUUACUCAUCACAAAUUACUUGGUCCCCCAAAUUUUUCUUACUUGGCAUCAAUGUUCAUAGAAAAGUAGGAAAAAAGCCUGAUAUUACUAGAAUUUUUAUAAAGUGCAAUAUUUGGACUCUUUGUUAGGAAACUUUAAUAUAUAACAGAGUUUGUACCCUAUACAAGAAAUGCAGAAGUGAUUCCUGUUGCAAUGCUGGCAAGGAUUCAUGUGCCCAAGGUCUCCUUUGAGUGAAUGGCUUGCAGUGUUAGACUUUACUUUACAAAUGAAUGUUUUGCUAUGUCAGAGAAUUUUGAUGAACAUUUUUAUGAGGAUCAUUUUUACCGUUUCUAUUGUAGUUGUCAGCUCUCUUUAUUCAAGUGUGGAAACAAUACUUUGACUAGUACUUUCUAAAUGAGAGAAUUAUUUCCAGGGAAAAAAGCAAGCUAUUAAGAAACCAUAUGUUAUGGUUUACAGGUGAGCAGGCUAGAAGGAAAGCUCUUUGAUUUCAAGUCCAACUGCAAAGUAAGCUGCAAAGUUCACUGUUACUGUCACCUCCUGACAAAUGUGCAAAUGCCUUGAUAUCAAAUGCUGAAAAGAGCUCUUUUGCAUUUCAGGAUAUUUUUUUUUCCUUUAGAGAGCACCUGCUAUUAAGUUGUCAGUAAUAUUGUUUGUCUUGGAUUGUAUUUAAUAUUUUUACAAACCAACCUGUAACUUCUAGACUUUGCCUUUCCAUGAUAUUUGCAGGCUAAGCACCCACUUCUUUAAGAAAAGAGGGGUGGAGCACAGAAAGAAAUGUGCUGACCUGGAGCUAACCCUGUGUGUUGUCAGUGUUCUCAAUAUUUGAAAAGAGCUUCAUUUAUAAACCAGGUCCCCAACCUGAACUGAUUUUAUGAAUGACCUCUGUAUUGUAUUAUUAAUUACCAGAGAAUGUAUUUGAGAGUCACAGCAUAUUUCAAUUGUGAAGCAUGAACUUUAUUUUCAAACUUAGCUGGUGUAAUAUCAGGGCAUAUUAUCGCAUGUCAUCAAUUCCAGUAGCUUUGUUUUCAAAAGAAAUGAAGUUACUCUUUUGCAAAAAAAAAAAAAAAAAAAAAAAAAAAAAAGUUAAAAAUCUCAUAUGGUUUUAUUCCUCUCUGUAAUGUAUACUAUUGGUUUAAUUUCAUAAGAUUAAAAUACAAAAGAAUGUCCUCUCCAGUAUAUUAAUGUAGUGUGAGAAUCCUUGUUUCUGAAGCAAACACCAAAUUUAAUUGAUACUCUGAUUAGGAACCAGUUUUCUCCCAUCCCCAGAUGGUGUUUAACUGUAUGCUUUGCCCUUAUGCAGACUUUUUUGUGAAGUACAUCUUAGUGUGUAGGCUUUAGGGAAGUUUUUGACAUAUGUACUAGAUUUAGUGGUUUUUAUUUUAAAAAUUACACUUUUCAUUCAAAAUCCUGGAAAAAUAUUUUUAGAUUUUUUUUCCUUUUAUAUGUUAAAUGUAGCAAAAGCAUGGGUUAGCUUAAACUGUGCAGUUUUGUUUCUGUGUGCUGUAGCUUUUGAUCAGAAUAUCUAAGCGAUAAAACUUUGGAAUAAAUUCACUUCCUGAAUAAUCUUUCCCCUUUCUCUUGUAGCAGCAUAGUUGGGUUUGGUUUUCUGUGCCUUCUGUUUUAAAUUAUUUCAAUAUUAUUUUUUUCCAAAUAUUGCUAUCUAAUUGUAUGGUAUUAAUGAAGGAUGAAUGAAAAUAAAAGUUCAUUCUACACAUUGUAAU